UAGAACAGAGCCCCAAGACUCCCAUCAUGGAUGGCAGGUUGGCGAACCUGAAUGGCAGCCUCGGUUCAUAAUAAUCCAGUCGAUGCACAGUAUAUAGUCGACUGCAAUCACUUCCCAACAGACAAGGCAGUGAGUUUUCUCACUCGGAUGCCUUUAAUACGUAAUUAUGGAAUGUGAAGAAGCAGACCCAACCACUCAAGCGGAGGUUGAUGUCCUAAUAUUUGAUUAUCUUCUCUGCACAACAAUCAACCGACUCCUGUGCCAUGGAAAAGCACAGGCCGAAGGACAUAGAGGGGAUCACCAGAAUAUGAACUGGUACCUCAGAACCAUUGACACGAUGAGAAGAGUAUUGUCAGAGUCAGAUAACCUCACAAACGACGUUCGUGCCAAAGACCGACUAUUGAGGUUUGCAGUUCUAUUCUGUUGCCGGUAUAAUCUACUACAGAAUGGUGCUGCGCAGGCAACGGCACCGGCAUUAAUAGCACACUUCCUCGCGCUCCACGAAGGAGUAGGGCGGAACUUGACAGAACUCAAAGAUGCCAUCUCGGCCCAUCUAAUUAUGGAGGCCGCGACAGAGGAGCUCGGGGCGGCCGAGAGUCAAUCUACCCCGAGGUCCGAGGAAUGUAUUCAUCACGUGCAGCAUGCCCUCGCCAAAGAUACGAUGGCGAAGGGACAACAAGGCUACCUGAGAUAUUUCCGGCCACCCCGCGGUCUUUCGCUAGAGAUGCACCUAAAGAAUAUGUCAAGCAUAUUGCCUGCAGCCCAGCUUGCUCAUGCUGUAAUUGACUACCUGGUCAACAUGAUGAAAUCUCUAGACCCACCCAUACUGUUGCAAUUGGAAAGAGGGAAACUCGAUGGGCUUACCCGUGAAGAGACCAGGCUGCUGAAAGCAAGAAUAGGACUCUGACGGUCCAAAAGCCGGUCGUCCCAAUUCAAAGGUGACAAAGUAAGCUACAAAAGUAGCUGCAACGAUGGGGUUCGCUACAUGUGUGGCACAGACUGAUUGUGAUGACUGUUUUCUAAAAUGAACGUAUACAAAGCAAUGUUCUACACGCCAGGAUAUCAGGAAUAGGUGGAGAUAUGGCAGUGAACCCUGGGCCUCCGCUCUCAUCGGUACACAAAUCGUAGCAUUUGACUCAGCCCAGCAGCAUGCGACGCGGGUCCUCGAUAUACUCCUUGACCUAGAUGAAGGUGACAGCCUCCCGGCCAUCUAGAAGCCGGUGAUCAUAAGUCAAAGCAAGGUACAUCAUCUGAUUUGAGUGUCAGCAC